GGACAUGGUUGGUGAAAGGUUGGCGGGAAUAUGUGCAAUUUAGUUUUGUUCAUGGACUAUUUUGCAGAUUUUGUAUACUAUGUCUAUAUUUUUACGGAUUAAACGUCCAAAUACUGAUUGUCCUAGUCAAAUCUGUGAAGCACAAAAUCUUAUAAAACGUCCUAAAGCUGACUUACAAUCAAUUCAAUUUAAAUAUAUCGGUAGUCAAACUUCAAAUCGCUCAUUAAUUGGUAAAAUCGACAAAGUAUACACUUCUUCCGAAAAGUUAUGUAAGAUUAUAUGUAAUACUUCAGAUGCUACUGUUGUCGGAGAAAACCAAACAGUCAAGUGUCAGAUCAAAGUGAAUAAUUUAAAACGUCCUGCUAUUACUGCUGGAAUUUUCAAUGAUUUCAAUAAUCUUAAUAUUGAUUCAUCCAAAGUAUCUAUUGGUCCAAAUCCUCCAAAAAUUUUCAAAAUUAUUGAAUUAACCCCUGAAUCAACUAAUGAAUCAAAUGUAUUGCCAAAAUUAACUGAAAUUAAUCAUUCAAAUAAUGAUAUACAUCAAACAAAUUUCAUUUAUGAUAUAUACAAGAUGAUAUCACCAUCUUCCUUAUCAUCAUCAUCAUCGGAUCCAAAAUGUUUAUCAUUGGAACAAACAAUAUGGUGUACAAAUGAUCAAUUGAUUAGAAAUACUGAUAAUUAUAUACAUGAUGAAUAUAGUUGGGAAUUAAAUGAAGAUUGUAAUGAUUAUACUAAUGUUGAUGAUGAUGAAGAUGAUUCAAAUAGUGAAUCAAAUUGGCGUAAUGAUUAUCCUGAUGAACAAGACAGUAGUAGUAGUUCAUCUAAUUCAAAUUCACUCUAUUCUUCAUCGAAUAAUAGUUGCAAUAAUGAAGAUUCAGAUUAUUAUUAUUAACUUUUUUUUUCUUGCUGUAUACAUUUUGUUUUUUCUAAAAAGACAUUUGUAUAAAGUUGUCUACUUCUUUUGUGGUAUGCGCUACUUAUAUACACAUAAGUAGUAUAUAACGAUAGUCAGGAAUAGAUUGGAUUUCGAAUAAGAAAGAACGGGAACGGAAAGCAAUUGGCAUGAAAAUGCAGGAGCAAUAAAACCUGAGAUGAUGGAUUGAUAUAUUGUAAAAUAAACAAUCAUGUUUGAGACAAUGGAGUGAUAUUUUGUAAAUUAACUAUUUACUGUAUUGUUUUCAGAUUUAAGUGAGAUAUUCUGUAAUUUCGUGUUCAAAUACAUUCGAUUGUCUCCACUUA